AGUUCCCGGGCGUCUAGCUCCCUUCCCCCCACCGGCGUUCCCCAGCCCCCUCCCCCGCGUCUGCCCUCCCCGUCCCCGGGUUCCCCCUUCUGCGUCUCCCCACGUCCCCCAACCCUCCCAGGGCGCGUGUUCUCUGGAGCGCGGCCCCGUGCCCUACAGCGCUCCGGGGGUGUGUCGCUGGGGGGCGUCCUGGUUUGCCCUCCGGCUCCCCGGGGCCCCCGCGGCCUCUCCCGGUGCCCGUCGCUGGCGCCCCUGGUCGUGCUGGAGAGACGCGCGGCCCGCGCCGGGCGUGCCGAGCGGGAGACGUUUGCGGGGAGUAGCGCGGCGAGUGCAGGCGGGUCCGCGUUCGGAACAGAUGAUCUCGGACCUUUUCCGAAGGCGACAGUCUGGGUGCACCCGCGGGCGCAGCCGGUGGAAGCUGCCCCUGUCGGUCUUGGGUUGCGAGUUCGGGGCCCGUCUUGGGUGUAGGGAGGACGGAACACUCACUCUCCAGGGCAGAACCGUAGGGACAGUUGUUGCCCUUCCGACUGAGAAUUGGCUCAGAACCCCGGGACUCCAGGCCCCUGGAGAAGGGGGUGUGGCUUUGGUUCUGUUUUCUGCCGGUCUCAAUCACUGGUGCGGUUGCACCGGCCCCUGCAGUUACUCUAAUCCAAGACAGCUUUCAGCAACAGCCGGCAGGAAACGGAGAGAAGAGUAGCGGGUUAUUACCUACAGAACCUGGAAAGUUGACAGCAUACCUGGGGUCCCACAGUGAGAAUUCAGAACUUGAGACUGGCAUGUUAUUAGAACCCUAACUGGUGUGCUCUGACCUUUAAUGUAAAUAGCCCUUCAGAAACGUUUGUAUUUGCAGCGUGGCCCAAGUGCGAUCUGGAAGAUGGGAGGUGCGGUGAGCGCCGGCGAGGACAACGAUGAGCUGGUGGACAACCUGAAAGAGGCACAGUACAUCCGGACCGCGCCGGUCGAGCAGGCUUUCCGGGCUAUCGAUCGCGCAGACUAUUAUCUUGAAGAAUUUAAAGAAAACGCUUAUAAAGACUUGGCAUGGAAGCACGGCAACAUCCACCUCUCGGCUCCGUGCAUCUAUUCGGAAGUGAUGGAGGCCCUGGACCUGCAGCCGGGGCUCUCCUUCCUGAACCUGGGCAGUGGCACGGGCUACCUCAGCUCCAUGGUGGGGCUCAUUCUCGGUCCUUUUGGUGUGAACCACGGGGUUGAACUCCAUUCGGAUGUAAUAGAAUAUGCAAAGCAGAAGCUGGACUUCUUCAUUAGAACCAGCGACAGCUUUGACAAAUUUGACUUCUGUGAACCUUCCUUUGUUACUGGCAAUUGCCUGGAGAUUUCUCCAGAUUGUUCUCAGUACGAUCGUGUGUACUGUGGGGCUGGUGUGCAGAAAGAGCAUGAAGAGUACAUGAAGAGUCUUCUCAAAGUAGGGGGCAUCCUUGUCAUGCCACUGGAAGAGAAGUUGACUAAGAUAACGCGAACUGGCCCUUCUGCUUGGGAGACCAAAAAGAUUCUGGCAGUUUCUUUUGCUCCUCUGGUUCAGCCCUGUCAUUCGGAGUCUGGAAAAUCAAGACUUGUCCAGUUACCGCCGCUGGCCGUGCGGAGCCUCCAGGACCUGGCUCGAAUCGCCAUCCGCGGCGCCAUUAAAAAGGUCAUCCGUCAGGAGACCGCGAGCGGCAGCGGCCUCGGACUGAAGGGCACUCCCCGGGCCAAGCGACGCAGAGUGCGGCGCCGUCGCAUGGAGACGAUCGUCUUUUUGGACAAGGAGGUGUUUGCCAGUCGGAUCUCCAGCCCCUCCGACGACAACAGCUGUGAGGACUUGGAAGAGGAGCCGCGUCGGGAGGAGGACAGAGCCCCGGAGGCGAAGCCGGCCCCGCCGGUGAACUUCCUGCGCGAGAAGGUCCUGAGCCUCCCUCUGCCAGACCCCCUGAAGUACUACCUGCUCUAUUACCGGGAGAAGUAAGUCUGUGCGCACCGGACGAGGUGCAGCCCGAGGCCGCCCUCCCACCCCACCCGGGCCCUCGCGGGGUCGCCGGCACAGCCGUGGGGAAGGCGAGUGCGGUCCUCUCCACCUUUCUGUGUUCAGUCUGUUCUUGGGUUUCCUCUAGAAUUCCAUUCGUCGCUAUCAUUUCCGUAAACGUGGUCUUUUGACAAGCAAAGUGCAUAGGGGGAUGUUUUCUCCAAAGGGAGAGAAUCUCCUGGAGACGGGUGUUUGCUUUCUGCUCCGGUGAGACUCUGACAUCUGCGCGCACAGACCCACCCGAGACGCACGUCGGCAUUGCCCGGGAAGCAGGGAAGUUGAAAUUAACCCGCGUUGCUCCUAAAGGUGUGAAAGAAAGCACAAGUUUGUAAGUGUGUAACCUCUUUCCCAGAUGUGAGGCACCUGUGUCCAACUUAGAACUUUAUGGUACCAGCCUCUUGAGCACUGGCGCUGAUCUCCACUGACCCUUUUAGUUUCCUGGAGGGGGACCAUUAUUGAAAAACUCUCCCUUAUUUUAAGUAAAUGUGAUUAAAUCUUAUGUGAGUUGUCGAUUGUAAUUUUAAAGGAGGGAAAUUGUCAUGGGGGAGGAAGAAUAAAAGUAUCAAACUGCUAGAUGUCUGUCUGGAAUCCCAAAGUGAUUUGGAAUGUUUUCCUGACACCUUUUCUUACCUUCAGAAGAAUGAGUGUCAGAUAAUCCCUUAGGGAAUACUCAAGAAUGAAGCAAGUAUUGUGUAUAAUGAGCUCCAUUACUUUUACCCCAAGGGUAGGGAUGACCGUUGACCCAACCUUGAGUACGCUAGUGGGUGUCUAAGGCAUGGAUGUGCUCAGUCCUCAAAACGGGGGGACGUGUUUAAGCUGCAGGAAGUACAGUGGGGACAGUGUUACCGACAGCCUCUGCUUUUUUUUUUUUUUUUUUUUUUAACAUUAGUUGGCUAUUUUUCUGUAAUCAUAUAGGUUUUGUCUUUUAUAACUCUGGGGGAAAAGACGUGUUUUCUAAUUUUUCUUAAUAACAAAUACGUGUAUUUUAGUAGCUCCAUUGCAUUAAAGGAAUGGUCUGAGCACCAGUGACUUGUGAAGUCUACCUUCUCUGGGCCCUUUGGGUUGAGCGCUUUCUGUCGUUACCAGGCUCUGCGUCUAGAAGAGAAGCCAUCCUGUCAGAUGGUAGAAGGCUUUCAAGUUAUUGGUCAUUCCAAAGCAUCGGUUCUUUUCAAACUUAUUUUUGUUCUGAAAGAAAAGAAUGGCCUAAAAUGUUAGCAAGAAACCCGAACUCAAGAGUGCUGAUGUUGGAUGUGUCGUCUGGAGUUAAUGACUAGUUUUAUCCCUGAGCUUCUUGGGUGUCAGAAACCUCUUUGUGGUUUCACCAGCUGAACUGAGUUCUGGUAGUUUGUUUCUUUAUUUAAUUUCUUCUUCUUCUUCUUCUUUUUUUUUAAACUUUUCUAGGUAACUGUAUCAUUUUUUUCACAGGAUACUGUGUGCAUGCGUAGCUGGGGAUACAUGUCUGUUGCCCUAGAUUUGAAAAUGUAACCCUUUGUAAAGACAGUUACUUCAUAGUCGUUUUUAACCUGGCAUUUAACUGAAGGUCAAGCAUCCUCGUCUCAGAGGUGCGUGGUUUACGUUCACUUGCGGUCACUUCCUAGCGUGCACAUCUCUGCUGACAUCAUUCUAAUUGAUACGUAGCAGUCUCUGCAAGCAUGGACAUUUGAAGCAUAAUGUCAAAUACACAGUAUUUGUGAAAUCUGUUACACUAGGUGGCUUGACUAAGGUUUUUAAUUGUAUGUGAUUUUAUUUCUUUUUAAACCACGUUUUCCUUUAUGCUAGACUAUAAAAACUUCAUAAUGCCUAAGACAUGUUUUUCCCUACAUAUGUCAAACCUUUCUUAACAUUUGUGUUUGUGUUUACAUGUUGUCAGUUUGUGAUGUUUAAACCAGAAUUUGGUUAAAAGUAUAUGUAGAUAUAAUAUAUGUGAGAUAGUUUGGUGUUUAUCUUACACACCUAGAGAAGAAUUGUAAAUGGGUUUUCCUGGGCUAAAGUGUUCCUCACCAGAGCCCACGACGACGCACUCCUACUGUCUGCUUCCCGACAGAUGGAUUGUGCGUUACCUGUAGCCUCUGUACUGUAACCCGCAUUCUAGACAACUUGACUUGUGUGUUUUGAGGAAUGUGUAUUUCUGUAUGUGAUUUUCGUCUUGAAAGUAGGAAAGCCAUAGACAUGUGCACAGGAAAUCGCAAAUGUACUAAUACCGAGUACGUAAUGUAGACACCAACUGUGUGUGUAACGGCGCUUCCGCAAGUCUGGACCUUUCAGGGAAUCGAUGCCAGAAACUUCUAACAGCAAUUUUAGUGAGUGGAUGUACAUUGGGUGAACACAGAGGAUGUCAGUAAAUAUAGUUACGGCACUUGGGCCUCUUGGCAUGGCUUGUGUUUCCUAUGUGGGAUUGAAAUUCUUGAGUACAUAUUUUCCAAAAAUCUUCAAAAAUAAACUUUUUCUUUAUUACAA